GAUGUUGCUGAGGGCACAACGCCGCAGUGCUGCGGUGUGGGGUGAAACAUUUGAAUGCAGCUGAAGUGAAAGAAAGCAAAAGUGAAGAAGAAAUGAAUGGAUAUAUGCAAAUUAGAAUUGUUUGAAAGCCAUUCGAUGUCGAUUGUGCGUUUGCUGUGUGGAGUUUUUAUCUCUUUACUUUGUUUGUGUGUCUUUUUAAUAAAAAGCUGUUACGAAGACUAUAAAAUAACAAUAAUAAUUUUGCUUUAAAUUAACAACGAGUGACAUAUUAGCCAUUUCAUAAUUCCAGCAAUGAAAAUAGAGAAAUAGAGAAAACUUGUUUACACCUUUGCCGUUAAACAGUUGGCUGCUGGUGUGCCCCUUACAUGGGCGCUGCUGUGCGCACCCGUUUGGUGUGUAAGUUAGAUAAUCGGCUAGGUAAUACGAGACAGACAGACUGUCGACCUUAUGCUAAGCAGGAUGCAUUUUAAUACGCACUGACCAGUUUGGGCGAUUUGCUAAUAUUUGUUAUGUGAGAGUUUUUUUUGUUGUUGCUGCACGCAAAGGUCACACGGGCGCUGGCUAUGCUGCGUAGAUUGCGUAUACUCACACGACACCACCAAUAACGGAUAUGAAAAAGCUACAAAUCGGUGACUUCAUGCAAAUGCGAAUCAAUUCAAUUUGUUGAGAAGCAUUUUGAUUAUUUGUUGACCAUCUAUAAAAGCGUUAACUGGUUCAGAGAUUGGUAUCAUUCAAACACUGGAACUUGUCAGAGAAAGUAAGGAAGAUCGCAGCACCACAAAUUAUUUGAACAAAUCAAAGAUGAAGUCAAUUAGUCUUGCAUUGUAUUUCACCAUACUGGCUUUAGUCAGCGCUCAACCUGGUUACAAAUACCAACAACCACAAUCGGUGCCAUUGGCGCCCGCUGUGCCACCAGCUACGCACCAUCACCAACACCAUCAUCAUCAUCAACUCGGUCCACAACCAACAGCUCCACUUGGUGGGCCCAUUGCGCCACCACAACAGAACAACAUCUACUCACCCGUGCAAUCGCCUCCUUUGCAAUCAUUCAACGCACCACCACCACAACCACUACCACAGCCGGCAUCAAUUCCAUUGCAGCCACCACGAGUUGAGAUUCCAUUGCCACAGGCACCACCGGCACCACCGGCAGCUCCACAGCUACCACAACAAUCCUAUUUCGCCCCUGCGCAAAACUCUGGAGGAAACUCAUUUUCCCAUAGCCAUCAACAACAGUUUGCCCAGCAACAGGGAGUAGUGCAGCAGCAGCAGUCUCACUUUGGUGGCGCCGCUCAACUAUCACAACCAAUAAGUUUCUCGUCGGGCGGUCAGGGUGGUUUCCAACCGAACUUCCAACAACCGAACUUCCAACAACCGAAUAUCCAAUCAUUCCAGCCACGCCCUCAAACUGCCAUCAUCAGCAAAGAUAUUUACAUUCACUCGGCUCCCGAAGACAAUGAGGAGCUUGAUUUGGGCUCACAGCUGGAUAAUGUACCUAUCCGCAAGAACUAUCGCAUUGUAUUUAUUAAAGCCCCAGCUCAAAAUCUCAAAUUGGCUUCUGCCGCUUUGAAACGUGCUCAGAAUGCUAACGAAGAGAAGACCGUUAUCUAUGUGCUGUCGAAGAAGCCCGACUUGUCUGAGGUGCAACAGCAAUUGCAACAGGCUCAAGGUCAACAGAAGUCGCACAAACCUGAGGUAUACUUCAUUAAAUAUAAGACCCAGGAAGAGGCUCUACGCGCCCAGCAGGAAAUCCAAGCUCAAUACGAUUCACUAGGCGGCUCCACUCACAUUUCCGAUGAGGGUAUUGCUCCGGUUACUUCCGUCUCUAGUGGUGCUGCGAAUUUGAGUGGCAGUAUUGGACAGCAACAGUCAUCUUUCUUCCAGCAAAACUACCAGUCAGCUGCCAAUUAUGAAGGGCCAGCCAACAAAUACUUGCCGGCCAAGAAGAAGUAAAUGCACUAAGGAUUUCUCAAGUAUUGAGUUAGUUUUUAAGGCGUUCCCAUGUUCUCUGACUAUUUCAUGCAUUUUCUAUCCAAUCUUUGUAUUGUACAAAUACUUUCUUCUGAAUCAUGCGAAUGUCACAAAUCGUAUCUUUCAUGCGCCAUU